UUCUACCAUACCCCCAAUGUAUGGUACACGACUGACGAGUUAUGACGUGUACCAAUGGGGGAUCGACACCUGGUACCGUAUUUAAAUAUUUGUUUCAAUUUUUAACAUUUUCCAAAAAUAUAAGAAAAAGACAUAUUUAUUAUUCAUUAUUAUUAUAUCCAAGUUGAGUUAAGGUUAGUGAACCCAUGUGGGUCCCCCUGUGGUUAACACAUUUCGAGGCUUUGAAUUUCUGAGAGGGAAAUUGAAGUGGGUUGUCACCUUUGGAGGGAGCAGAACAAAGAGUGCACGGCGGUGAAGGCGAUUAUGGCAGUGAAGGCGACAACGGCGGCGAAGGCUCCAUUGUAAGCAGCGAAGGCUUGUUGGUUAGCUCCUGAAGCUAUUUGAAGUGUUUGUUUGUGAGUUUCUUUCGGAAUUCGACAUUUAGGGUUCUAAGCUCUUGUUUUGUGUUACUUUGGUUAGGUAAUGGAAAGUAAUGUACAAUCCGGUGAAAAUGGAGAGGAAGAAGCCCAUGUCAGUUUAGGUAACAAUGGGCAUGAAUUAUCUGAGGAAAAUGGUGGUUCUACUGGAGUGGAGGAUGAGGACGAUGAUGGUGCUGUGUAUGAGAAGAGCAUAUUAGAUUUGACAGAAGAUGAUAUAAUGGGUAUGGAAUUUGAUUCUGAAGAGGAUGCGAUUAAGUUCUAUGAAAGAUAUGGUCAGUGUUAUGGUUUUGGUGUAAGGAAAGACAAUGUCUAUCGUUCUGCUAACGGUUACAUUGUUACUCGUCAACUGGUAUGCAGCAAAGAGGGGGUGAGGCAUAGAAAAUACGUGCAGCGGAGGGACCGGGUUAGAGUUUCAAAGGGAAUUACCAGGGUGUCAUGUCCAGCUCGCUUUCGUGUUCGCUUUGAAAGCAACUCAGUCCACUUGAUUUCUUCCUUUCGGCACCUCAAUGAUUCUGACAAGGCUCAGAUUAAUAGCCUUAAGCUACAUGGGGUGAGGACUUGCAACAUAAUGGGCUUGAUGCUGGGGCAGAAAGGUAGUCAUGAGGCAUUGGGUUUUACGAAGAAGGAUCUGUUCAAUCACAUUGAUAAGGAGAAGCGGAUAAGGGUAGGAAACGGAGAUGCAGUUGCUGCUUUGUCAUAUUUUCAGGCUAAGGCUGAGGGUGAUCCAAUGUUUUUCUUCAAGUAUACUAAAACUGAAGAUGAAAAUCUCAAAGACUUAUUUUGGAGUGAUGGAGUGAGCAGAGUGGAUUACCAUGCUUUUGGCGAUACAACAAUUUUUGCUUGUGCUUUGGUUACGGAUGAGUCGAUCGAGACUUAUAAGUGGGUUUUGGAGACAUUUGCUGAGUGUAUGUUUCAGAAGCACCCGAAAGGUGUUGUUACAGAUGGUGAUUUAGCAAUGAAAGAAGCAAUAAGUUGUGUCUUUCCUAAUGCCCGUCACAGGUUGUGUGGUUGGCAUAUUCAACAAAAAGCGCUACAGAAACUUAAGAAUUCAGACUUUUUGGAUGAUUUUAAAGUUCUGAUUUAUGGCAACUUCAAUCCGGAUAGAUUUGACCAUGUUUGGGCUAAGGUUAUGGAGAAGUAUGGAUUUGGUGAUGAUGAGUGGUUGACAAGAAUGUAUGGGAUGAAAGAAAUGUGGGCAACUGCAUUUAUGAGGGACAAAUUCUUUGCAGGCAUAAGAACCACGUCAAUGUGUGAAGGGAUCAAUUCAUUCAUCAAGAGCUAUGUUCAAUGUAAAAACAGUUUGAUUGAUUUCAUUCAUAAUUUUGAGAGGGCUGUGAAGGAGUACCGACACAAUGAGUUAGUUGCUGAUUUUAACACAAUGUAUACAGAACCUUUGCCCACUACUUCCCUUGGUUAUAUUGAGCGAGGUUUCUCCCAUAAAUUGACAAGGAGCAUGUUCAAUGAAGUUAAAACUCAGAUUCAAUAUGUGGGUGGCUUAAAUAUUAUCCAAAGAACUGAGGUCAAUGAUGUGGUGAUGGUGAAGAUGAACAAGGCUUUGUAUGAAAGGCGUGAGUAUGUGGUGUUAUAUGACAAGAAUUCUUCAAAGUUUGUGUGUGAUUGUGGUCACUUUGAGUAUUAUGGAAUUCCUUGUUCUCACAUGAUAUGUGCAAUGAGAAAUGAGAGACUGGCUGAAGUUCCUGAUAGUCUUAUUUGUAAACGGUGGUCAAGGACGGCUAAGGUGGACUACAUGAAUCAGAUUAAUGACACUGUUACUGGCAAUGAUUCAAAGAAAUUGGCGAUGUUAAGGAGGGGUGUGCUUUCUGCUGCUUGCAACAUACUAAGUGAAAUAGCUUGUGAGAAUGUGAAUGAUUUCUCUCAAGUCUUGCAGGACAUAUAUAAGUUGGCUGACAGUGUUCAAAGGCGUAGGGUGGGAAACAAAACCAUCCGCACUGGACCAUUCUUGAUUGGUGAUCCCGCUGUGGUGAUCACAAAGGGGCGCAAGAAGAAAGGUGGGAAGAAGACAAGGUUAUGUUCAAGAUGCAGAAUGCCUGGUCAUACAAUUCGCACAUGCCCGGAAAUGCGUGAAGGUCAAGGAGUUGGUUCCCACGACACUGCUAUGAGUGAUUCAUCUGUGGAGCUUGAUGAUGUUGAUGAGGUAUUGCCAUAUAAUGUAACUAUGCCUGGAGUCUCCUCACUUGAAGUUGCUGGAAAAGGCAAAGGCAAGGAUCAGAGUGUUAACGAAGCUUGUUCUCAAGAUUUGAAUUAUCCUUUUAUGACUCCUUUGACCCAGGAGUAUUUUCAUCCUGGAAUGAACAUCAUGGAUGGGUUCACUUUGCCAUCAUACCCUGGGAUUCGCAUAUGUGAACCUGGAUCUUCUACACAAGUCCCAACUUUUGUGGGUUGCUUAAAUGAAGUUGAGCGGAAGGCCAAGGCUGCACGCAUUUAUGUUAGCGAUAGCAGUGGAGAAGAUUGAUGUUGUUGGGGAUGAUGAUGCGGAGGAGUAGAUGGUGAAGACACUUUGAUUGACUGUAGUUUAGGUUGUGGUAGUUUUUGGAUUGAUUAAUGGAAAUGUUGAUACCUAAUAGCAUACACUUUAAUUAAUUUGCACUGUGUUCUGUUGGUG